AUGGGGUUCAAGGUUAUCGAAGAUCGACCGACACCAUCCGCUGUUUACAAUUGGCGGGUGUAUCUUAUGGGUUGCUGUAUCGCUUUUGGAGCUCUCACAUUUGGUUACGAUGCGGCUUUUAUUGGAACAACUAUCACCCGACCCGGUUUCACAGCUGCAUUUGGGAUUGAUAAGAUGACCGCAUCAGAGAAGACCGACAACUCGGCCAAUCUUACUAGUUCUUUCACCGCGGCUUGCUUCUUCGGCGCCGUCUUUGCGUGGCCUAUGAUGGAAGCUUGGGGGCGUCGUCCAGCUUUACAGGUAUCUGCUGCGAUCUUCAAUAUCGGUGCAAUCGUCAUGACAGCUGCAACUCAUCAAUUAUCUAUGAUCUAUGCUGGUCGAGUGCUCACUGGUCUGGGAGUCGGUAUCAUCACCGCAGUGGUUCCGUCUUUCCUUGCCGAGUUGUCUCCACCACCGAUUAGAGGUGUGUUGACAGGUCUUUUCGAGAUUGCCUAUCAGGUCGGUAAUCUGGUUGGAUUCUGGAUCAAUUAUGGAGUCACCCACACCAUCGAUUUGCAGUCUAGUAAAUCUUACCGAAUUCCGCUUGCAGUCCAACUUAUCCCGGGUGGAUUAUUCGCUAUUGGCUGUGUGUUCUUCAAGGAGUCGCCCAUGCUUCUCAUCAAGCGAGGGAGAGAAGAGGAAGCGAUCAGGAAUUUAGAAUGGUUGAGGAUGAUACCCGGAGAUCACCAAUACAUCCAAGAGGAGCUUGCUAUGAUUCAUGCCCGAAUAGAAGAGGAAAACAAAGUCGCCGGAGGCGAAGGAAAGGGUAUCAAAGGUUAUUUCAUGGGUUGUCUGAGGGAACUGAAAGUCUCGUCCAUCCGGCAUCGAUUUGUGUUGGUUAUGGGUAUGAUGUUUUUGCAGAACUUUUCAGGUGCUAUAACGAUAAAUUACUAUUCCCCAAGUAUCUUUAAAGCCAUUGGUCUCACCGACGUCACCCUCUGGACUGGUAUCUACGGUUUGUUUAAAGCCGGUGGCUCCAUCAUCUUCUUCAUCUGGGGUAUCGACAGGUUCGGAAGACGAAAGCCAUGGAUGCUUUCUGCUGGAUUAUGUGGUCUGUGCCUGAUCUAUCUUGGAACGUACAUCAAGGUCGGCCAUCCUGGUACAUCCACCACCUUAUCGGAAUCAACUAAAAAGGGCGGUAAUGCCGCUACUGCAUUCAUCAUGAUUUACGGUCUGGUGUGGUCUUUCGGAGGUAAUGGUCUACCUUGGGUGGUAUCUGCUGAGAUCUUCCCCGUUCGACUGAGAUCGUUGGCUGGUGCUUGGGCGGGAUGCUGCCAGUGGUUAUCGUCGUUCGCUGCAACUCAAGCCUUCCCGAAGAUGCUUUUAAAAAUGAAUUGGGGAGUGUUCAUCUUCUUUGCAGGUGUUUGCGCCGCUACUGUUCUCUUCACUUUCAUUUGGAUUCCCGACACCAAAGGUAUCCCUAUCGAGGCUAUGGACGUCCUAUUCAGUGGUCCGAGUAAACACUCACAAUGGCGACAGAAGAAAGUAUACCCUCCUGAUGGUAUUCCUCCCCUGGACUUCAGUCUUCCUACUCAAAGUGGCACUCCUCACGAAGGGAAAUCAAAGGAUGAUUAUUUCGAACAUGCGACAGUUUAG